CACCCAUCUCACCCAUUUUGUGGACUAGUAGGAAAUCCGAGCCUGACUUUCCUAGACUGAAGCGAAGUGGAAUCAAGACCCAAGAACAUUCAUUAAUAAUUUUAGUCAUUACACCUGGGUGUUUUUUAGUUGCUGUGGUCUCUAAUGUGGCUCUUUCCGUGGCUUUUGUUGUGUUUUUCAUGUGAAUUCCUUCUUUACCUAACUAAGGCAACUGUGGGAUCAAGAUGCCCACUAACUUCACUGUGGUCCCAGUGAGUGAUGCCGAAAGUAAUAGCAACAAUGUGACUGCAACUGGAGGUGACAAACCUAUCAGUCUCAACAAUAUUUUUAGAGAUGAAGAUAACUCGGAUGGAUCUCAAUCAGGAGAUGACAGUCAAAGGGAGUCACGGCCGUUUAUCAACUUGGAUCAUGACAUGGAACACUAUGAUGGCAAGAACAUGGCCUUGUUUGAGGAAGAAAUGGAGAGUAACCCAAUGGUGUCGUCUCUUCUAAGCAAGCUAGCCCAUUACACCAAUCUCACCCAAGGUGUUCGGGAACAUGAAGAAGCUGAAGAUGGGCUUAGAAAGGUCGCCAUCACGGUGCCCCAAAUGGGAACGUUUAUCGGGGUGUAUCUGCCCUGCCUGCAGAACAUUCUGGGUGUCAUUCUUUUCUUGCGUCUCACCUGGAUUGUCGGAACAGCAGGAAUCCUGGGCUCCUUCGCCAUUGUCUCUAUGUGCUGCAUUUGUACAUUACUCACAGCUAUAUCAAUGAGUGCCAUAGCAACAAAUGGAGUUGUCCCAGCGGGCGGCUCUUACUACAUGAUCUCCAGAUCAUUGGGACCAGAGUUUGGGGGCGCAGUUGGUCUCUGUUUCUACCUGGGUACCACCUUUGCUGGAUCUCUUUACAUAUUAGGCACCAUUGAGAUCCUCCUGACAUACAUUGUUCCAACAGCAACGGUAUUUGAGGCCAAAGGUAUAGAAGGUGGAGAAACGGCAGCGCUUAACAAUAUGCGAGUCUACGGAACAUGUUGCUUGCUUCUGAUGGCACUUAUUGUGUUUGUGGGAGUAAAGUAUGUGAACAAACUGGCUCUAGUCUUUCUGGCCUGUGUCAUGCUCUCCAUCAUGGCCACCUAUGCAGGAGUCAUCAAGACAGUCAUUGAGCCACCAGAGUUCACUGUGUGUCUUCUAGGAAACCGUUCGCUGAAGAACGACAAGUUCGAAGUGUGCGCAAAGACUGAGGUGGUGAACAACCAGACGUUAACCACUGAUCUUUGGAGACUUUUCUGUAACAGCGAACACCUAAACGCCACCUGUGAUGACUAUUUCAGUCUGAAUAAUGUGACAGAGAUACCAGCUAUUCCAGGUCUCUUAAGUGGAGUUCUUAAAGACAACUUAUGGGGUGACUAUGGGCCAGCUCGUACAGUAAUAGAAAAGAAAAAUCAGGAUUCUGUACCAGCUCAAGACACUUCUGGUGAUAUAUAUAAACCCUACGUCUUCAGUGACAUCACCACCUUCUUCACACUGCUGGUGGGAAUAUAUUUCCCCUCAGUUACAGGUAUAAUGGCUGGCUCAAACAGAUCUGGUGAUCUAAGAGAUGCCCAGCGGUCAAUACCAAUUGGAACUAUAAUGGCCAUUCUCACCACCUCUUUCUUCUAUAUCUCCUGUGUAGUAUUGUUUGGCGCAUGUAUAGAGGGUGUUGUGCUGAGAGACAAGUUUGGGGACUCUGUCAAGAAAAACCCAGUAAUUGGUGUGCUGGCUUGGCCAUCACCUUGGGUUAUUGUGAUUGGCUCAUUCUUUUCUUGUUGUGGGGCGGGGCUUCAAAGCCUGACUGGUGCGCCCCGACUUUUACAGGCCAUCGCUCGUGAUGGGAUCAUCCCAUUUUUACAGAUUUUUGGUCAUGGCAAAGCCAAUGGAGAGCCCACCUGGGCUCUUUUGCUAACAGUUGGUAUCUGUGAAAUAGGAAUACUCAUUGCUUCUUUGGAUGAUGUGGCUCCAAUUCUCUCCAUGUUUUUCCUUAUGUGCUAUCUGUUUGUAAACCUGGCCUGUGCGGUCCAGACUUUACUCCGAACCCCCAACUGGAGACCUCGCUUCAAAUUCUAUCACUGGACCCUGUCUUUCCUAGGGAUGAGUCUGUGUUUGUCUCUCAUGUUUAUCUCCUCCUGGUAUUAUGCCCUGGUCGCCAUGGUUAUUGCUGGCUGCAUCUACAAGUACAUUGAGUACAGAGGGGCAGAAAAGGAGUGGGGAGAUGGUCUCCGAGGUCUAUCCUUAAAUGCAGCACGUUAUGCUCUAACUCAUCUCGAGGAAUCACCACUACACACCAAGAACUGGAGGCCCCAGCUAUUGGUGUUGUGCAAGCUGGACUCACAACUCGCAGUGAAACAUCCACGUCUCCUGUCCUUCACGACACAACUAAAGGCAGGCAAAGGGCUUACCAUCGUCUGUUCUGUACUGGAAGGAACAUACAUGACUCGCGGGUCUCAUGCCAAGACGGGAGAGCAGAACCUAAAAGCAGCCAUGGCCGCAGAAAAGACUAAAGGUUUCUCCCACGUAGUAGUAUCCUCCAACCUGCGAGAUGGUUUCUCUUUACUCAUCCAGUCAGCUGGGCUGGGAGGAAUGAAGCACAACGCCGUUUUGAUGGCAUGGCCAGCAGGCUGGAAACAGGCGAGAGACUUUUCCUCAAGGAGGAACUUUAUUGAGACUGUGAGGGAGACAACAGAAGCCCAUCAGGCUCUACUAGUUGCUAAGAACAUCGACCACUUUCCAAGUAACCAGGACCGACUGAAGGAAGGGACCAUCGAUGUGUGGUGGAUUGUCCAUGAUGGUGGACUGCUAAUGCUGCUGCCAUUUUUGAUCAGUCAACAUAAGGUAUGGAGGAAGUGCAAAAUGCGCAUCUUCACAGUGGCACAAAUGGAUGACAAUUCCAUCCAGAUGAAGAAAGAUCUCCAGAUGUUCUUGUAUCAUUUACGUCUGGAUGCAGUAGUAGAGGUGGUUGAAAUGCACGACAGUGAUAUCUCAGCUUUCACCUAUGAGAAGACACUGGUGAUGGAGCAAAGAUCGCAAAUGCUCAAACAAAUGCAGUUAUCACGCACAGAACGGGAGAGAGAGGCUCAAUUGAUCCACGAUCGGAAUACAGCAUCACAUUCCACAAAGGAAGACAAAACUUUAACAGACAAACCAGAUCGCGUCCACAUGACUUGGACCAAAGACAAAAUCAUUAAUGAGAGAAAUAAACACAGGGAAGGAAUGGGUGUAAAAGACAUGUUCAACAUGAAACCUGAGUGGGAGAAUCUCAACCAGUCAAAUGUGAGAAGGAUGCAUACGGCUGUGAAGUUGAAUGAGGUGGUGCUCAAGAAAUCCCAAGAUUCACAGCUUGUGUUGCUCAACAUGCCAGGCCCACCGAAGAACAAAAAAGGAGAUGAAAACUAUAUGGAGUUUCUAGAAGUUCUAAUGGAAGGACUUAAUCGUGUCUUAUUGGUUCGUGGAGGAGGACGCGAGGUCAUCACCAUCUACUCUUAGUGCCAAAAGGAUCCUUUAUUGUGGGGGCACUGGAAGAAUGAAAACCAUUGUGGACAGUGACCAUUUUAGGGAUCAACAAGUCUAUGGACUCAAUGCUUGUCAUGGACUAUGUUUGUCGAAACCCAUGCCUUAUACAUGUCUGAGACAUGAAAAAGAAAAAAAAAAGGUCUGACUAAGGGCGCUUUCACACCUGUCAACUGUUUGUUUUUUUCCGAUCGACAGGCUAAAUCGAAGUUUCUUAUUUUCAGUUGUUUAUUCAGAUUUUUUACACAAAAACAGCAUUAGAAGCUGUUUUUCUCCUGCCAUCUGUUAGGGAAACCAUAUUGAGUGCUGAUUAUAUAUUUAUAGAUAUACAGUAUAUAUAAUUGUAAAGACAGCAAAUGUAGCCCCAAUCUUUAACGAGCAGAUUCCAUAAUUGUUUUCUACAUACAACAAUUGAGAUGCAGUCACAAAUGCAGCUUUGAGGAAGCGUAUGUGCGUGUAAAAACUGAAAGUGAAGCGAAUAUCAAACAUCCGGCCAACUUUACCUGCUCCCCCAGGAAAAACAAAAACAGAGCAUCAUAAGGUUGUGUGGUGAGUGGCGGCUUUGUUUUUGUCUAUUUAGGUGGUUAGUAUACUUGUCCAAGUAAGGGAUAAGGUAUGUUUUGUUAGGUUAUUGCUAUCAUUUUAAUCAUCUCCAUUGGAGGUUGGACCAAAGUUGUCAGUUGCUGCGUCGGUUCUGUUGUUUUUAACUCUUAAAAGUCUUGAGCCUUUUUCUGGUCUGUAUCUAAAAAUACUUUUUAUUUUGUCCUUAUGUACUUAUGUGUGUGUGUUUUUUUUUUUUUUUUUUUUUUUUUUUUUUUAUGGCGUUUUAAAGACUACGUGAUUGAUUGCGCCGGCGUGAUCAUAGGGCUCAGAUGGUUAAUUGAACCUCUUCCAGAGAUCAAAUGGAAUCAAGAAGAGCUCCAGACGCCAUCGGCUUGGUUGUUUUUUUUCCAUAUCCAAAUGCGGUUGUUGUUUUAACACAUGCCAAAACAAACGGGUCCUUAGGUUUGUUUCAGAACAAAAGCUCCAAACACGACAGGUGUGAAAGUGUCCUAAGUGAUGCCAGUGCAUCAUCUCCACACCCCAUGUUUCGGAAGCUCCUGAACCGUCUGCUGUAUGCUGUAUAAACUACAGGAUAUCACAUGAAAUGCCAUCGUGGCCACAUGAAAGAAUCAAGCAAGUACCACUUGCAAUCUAUUUUAUUAUUAUGUUGUUAUCAAAGGAUCAACAGUUAAUUCCAUUGUUGCAAGGAAUGAUGGAGGAAUCAUGGAAUGAAUCGUUUCCUGUCACUGCACUGAAAGGUAAAGAUGUAAAAGAAAUAGGUUGAUGGAAACGCCAACAUUUAAAGAUUGCUAUCAAACAUUUUAAUGCCCUCCUUUGCCAUUCAUGUCCUGUGUUCAGAAAAAAAACGGAUCAAUUUUGAAGUGACACAAAUCAUAGCUUUGAUUUGAAAUUGGACCAAAUGAAUGGAGUUGAUCUGUCGUCAUGGUUUGUCAGUAUUGUAAAUUGAUCGUGUGUAUGUUUUGUGUAUAUAUAGUGAUAAGUGAUCUAAUAAGGGAAAUACUGUAAGUCUGUGUAAAACAAAGUUGUUCUGAGUGUAAGUUUAAAGCAUUGAAAAGUUAAUUAUUUUUGUAUUUGUUAUUUUCUGUGACUUUAAACGGACAUGCAAUUUGAGUAACUUCCAUAUGCAUUAUGGUCUGUUAUCUUUUCUCAUUUCAUGAAGUGUGCAACAUGCCAAUUGGAAAAUCAUGAAUUAUUUUAUUUGAAAAUGGCUUGUUUUAAAAGUACUGCGUUUUUACAUUUUAUCACGAGGCCCGUCAUUAUUUCUCACAAAUGGAUUAAAUGCAGAUGCCACAACAAUGGUCACUUUGUUGUAUUUUUCCCAUCCAAAAACUGCUUUUUGUCAUUGUGCACGCUUAAAAAAUAUGAGGGAUUCUUAAAUACUGUUUGGCUGCCAUUGACAGUGACAGACAUCCAAUCCAUUGCCACUAAUAGGUGUUUUUAAUAGGGCUGUCAAAAUUAUCGCGUUAACAGGCGGUAAUUAAUUUUUUUUAAUUAAUCACGUUAAAAUAUUUGACGCAAUUAACGCACAUGCCCCGCUCAAACAGAUUAAAUGACAGCACAGUGAUAUCUCUACUUGUUACGUGUGUUUUUUUGUGUUUUGUCGCCCUCUGCUGGCGCUGGGGUGCGACUGACUUUGUAAUUAUUGACAUCAACAGUGGCGAGCUACUAGUGUAUUUUUUGAUUGAAAAUUUUACAAAUUUUAU